UAUUUGACAGCAUUGCCAUCACUAGUAUUUAGUAAACAUAAUUUGCUCGAAUUUUAAAGGAACAGCAAAGAAUUUUAAUUAUAGACAAUAUGGCAUCCGUGCAUUGUCAACUGUGGAUGGGCAGUCUGGAAUCCUAUAUGACGGAGAACUUCAUAAUCGCCGCUUUUCGGAAGAUGGGAGAGGAUCCGACCACGGUACGCUUGAUGCGUAAUAAAUACACCGGCGAACCGGCUGGCUACUGUUUCGUCAACUUUAUGUCAGAUGACCACGCCCUGGACGCGAUGCACAAGCUGAAUGGCAAGCCCAUUCCUGGCACCAAUCCCAUUGUUCGGUUUCGGCUUAACUCUGCCAGCAACUCGUAUAAGUUGCCUGGCAACGAGCGCGAGUUUAGUGUAUGGGUGGGCGACCUCAGCUCCGACGUGGAUGACUACCAGUUGUACAAGGUCUUCUCCAGCAAGUUCACCUCGAUCAAGACGGCCAAGGUGAUCCUGGACAGCCUUGGCUUCUCCAAGGGCUAUGGAUUCGUUCGCUUUGGCAUCGAGGACGAACAGAAAUCAGCGCUGUACGACAUGAACGGCUAUAUCGGCCUGGGCAGCAAGCCUAUCAAGAUCUGCAAUGCUGUUCCCAAGCCGAAGUCUGAAUUAAGUGCAGCCCUUGGGGACUCGAGCAGUAACUAUGGAUACGGUGGCAGCUCCGGAAGCACUGCCGGGGGAACAGACUUCUCACAAUACUACGACCCCACCAGCACAUACUGGCAGGGAUACCACGCAUGGCAGGGCUACUAUGAGCAAGGCGGUCCCUCAAUUACAGAUGCUGCCGCCUACUACCAGCAGGCCAUGUCGCAGUCGCACUCGAAUCCGCAAACACUUGCUCAGCAUGCAGAAGCCUGGAGCGCCCAGCGCAGUGCUCAGUACGAACAACAGCAGCAAACCAAUGUUACAGCUUCGAAUGGGUCGGAGGGGGAGUACGGGCUGGUAGAACACAAAUUUGUGCUGGACAUCGAUAAGCUGAAUCGCGAAACCGCUGAUGCAGAUCGUCGCCUGUAUGACGCGUUGGAGAGCUCGAAGUGGCUGCCCAUCGAGCAGUUGGAGGUGUUCUAGGUCGCUUUUUCUACCAUGUUUAACCUAAUUUUAAAUCUGAAAAUACAUGAAGCAUUAAAUUAUAA